ACACCGAGGCUUCCGAGAACGACUCCACGGACACAACUAUACGGUGAAGCUCCGCUUGACGUGUGAGAGCUGGCCUGCUGGGGAUGAUGGAUAUGUUAUCGAUUUCGGCAUCCUCAAGAAGCUCCUCCGCUCGGUUUGUAGAAGUUUGAACGAGCACAUGAUAAUCCCGGAGCGGAGUGAAGUUCUGGACAUCGAUACCACCCAUUUACAUGUUACGGCUACUGGGAAAGAGCAGGCCAGUGUUCGCAUCACCACGAAUGAAGGAGACGAGUUUCUAUUUCCCAAAGAUGAUUGCAUUAUCUUGCCGAUUGAAUUCGCCACAGCUGAAGAACUCUCAGAGUAUGUUUUUACUCAAAUUGUUGCCGGUUUGGGAACAAUACCAAGAGAAAGAGGGCUCACAGAAUUGACGGUUUCU